AUGGGAGGCGAGACGUCUUCUCGUGCUACCUCAUCCUACCCAAGACUCAGUGCUCAUCCCGUUGGACAAAAGAUUCAGAGCAUCUAUACCGAUCGCUUACGGCAGUUUACAUCUGGUGGCCAAUAUGAAAAGGAGAACCUCCUCGACAAGCUGUACCACAAUGUCUGCGACGACGAAGACCAUGUGAAGCUCUCCGUCUACUCUCCCCCAAAUCUCUCCAGACCGACUUUUCACGAUGCCACUUCUCAUACCUUUCGUCCAACACAUCGCGGUGAAUCCUUCGGUCCGGCUUGGGCUACACAUUGGUUCAAGAUCCAACUCACUGUGCCUAAACACAUGCGAGAUGGAGAACAUCUAGAGUUCCACUGGGACGCAAACAAUGAAGGCAUGGUAUGGACAGAGGAUGGAAACCCUCUGCAGGGUCUUACUGGUGGUGGAGAUCGGACUGAAUGGAUUCUGCCGACAAGUUGGCGGGAUGGCAAAGAGCACAUCUUCUACAUAGAGAUGGCAUGCAACGGCAUGUUUGGCAAUGCACCUGGGGGUGACAGCAUCCAACCUCCAGACCCAAACAAGUACUACACGCUCUGGAAAGCGCAGAUUGUGGAUGUCAAUCUUGCCGCUCGUCAUCUGUAUGUCGACUUUUGGAUCAUCGGCGACGCAGCUCGGGAGUUUCCCGGAGACAGCUGGGAAAAGCAUGAAGCCUUGCAGAUCUGCAACCAGAUCAUGGAUGUCUUCAUCGCUGGCAACGGAUCGGCUGCUUCAAUCCAAAAGGGCCGCGAAAUCGCUCAAAAAUAUAUCGGCAAGAACGUCGACUCGGCAAAGGUCUAUGACUCUGAUGAGAAAAGCAUCGUGUACGGAAUUGGACACUGUCACAUUGACACGUGUUGGCUGUGGCCGUGGGCCGAAACCAAGCGCAAAGUUGCCCGAAGCUGGUCCAACCAGUGCGACCUGAUGGAUCGAUACCCCGAACACCGGUUCGCGGUCAGCCAAGCACAGCAGUACAAGUGGCUGAAGAUGUACUACCCCUAUGUCUUCGACCGGGUCAAAGCCAAGGUCAAGGAAGGGAGAUUCCACCCGAUAGGUGGCAGCUGGGUUGAGCACGACACAAAUAUGCCCAGUGGCGAAUCCUUGGUCAGGCAAUUCCUUUACGGCCAACGGUUCUUCGAGAGCAAUUUUGGCGAACGAUGUCAGACUUUCUGGCUCCCCGAUACCUUCGGUUAUUCAGCUCAACUCCCGCAGAUAUGCCGCCUAGCGGGAAUGACACGGUUCUUCACUCAGAAGCUUAGUUGGAACAAUAUCAACAACUUCCCACACACCACGUUCAAUUGGGUGAGUUUGGACGGGAGUCAGGUCAUCUGCCACAUGGCCCCCAGUGAGACGUACACGGCAGAUGCUCACUUUGGAGACGUCAGAAGAAGUGUCACUCAACAUAAAAGCAUGGAUCAGGACAACACAUCCCUGCUCGUCUUUGGCAAAGGAGAUGGAGGAGGUGGACCUACCUGGUCAAUGCUGGAGAAGUUGAGAAGAUGCCGUGGUCUGAGCGACACGGUUGGACUCCUCCCUCGCGUGCACAUGGGCAAGUCCGUGGAUGAUUUUUAUGCAAACCUGGAGAAGAAAGUUGCAGACGGUACCGAGCUCGUUACAUGGUACGGCGAGCUCUACUUUGAGCUGCAUCGAGGCACGUAUACGACGCAAGCCAACAACAAACUCAAUAACCGGAAGCAAGAAAUUAUGUUGCACGACGUGGAAUAUCUAGCAACUUUGGCAAGCCUGAAGAGCAAGAGCUACAAGUAUCCCAAGAAGGAGAUUGAUGAGAUGUGGGAAAAUGUGCUUCUCUGCCAGUUCCAUGAUUGCUUACCUGGCAGCUCCAUUGAGAUGUGCUAUGAUGACUCGGACGAGCUUUACGCUCACAACGCGAAACUAGGAGAGAAAGUGAAGGAGGAAGCUCUUACAGUUUUGGGGCUGUCCCAACACCUGAAAGCCAACGCUGAGCUUGCAGCAGUCAAUACCGCUCCCUGGAAACGUUCCGAGCUAGUCAAGAUUCCACAGGCCAACGCAAAGUCGCAGGAGCAGAAGUACACAUACAUAUCCGGCGGGCCGGGCAUCUGCAAGACACAUGCCGCUUCGGCGAUUCAAUCGACGGCAUCCAUUGAGGAGGUUCGGAAGGGUGUCUUUGUGUUGAAGAACAGCAUGUUCCAGGCAGAAGUCGAGGCCGGUUGCAUCACAUCAUUAAUUGACCUGAGAGCCAACAGAGAGGUGAUUGCCAAAGGGGGCAAGGGCAACCAGCUGGUGAUGUUUGACGACAAGCCUCUGUACUGGCAGGCCUGGGAUGUGGAGGUGUUCCAUCUCGACUCCAGAAAAGAGCUUAAGUCGGAAGCAUCUGAGAUUGUCGAACAUGGACCGUACAGGGUGAGCGUGGCCACCAAGACACAGGUAAGUAAAGACAGCUGGAUCAAGACCACGAUCAGUCUCGAUGCAUGCGACAGCCAGACCCAGACAGGGUAUCUGCUGGUGGAAGCCGAAGUGGAAUGGCAUGAGAAUAUGAAAUUCUUAAAGGUGGAAUUUCCCGUGGACGUGGUCAACACGGAGGCCAACUACGAGACUCAAUAUGGCAUCAUCCGCCGUCCGACACAUUACAACACGAGUUGGGAUAUGGCCAAGUUCGAGGUGUGCUGCCAUAAAUUUGCUGAUCUCUCAGAGGCCAAUUAUGGUGUGUCGAUCUUGAAUGACUCCAAGUAUGGGUUUGCGACUUGCGGCAAUCUUAUGCGGCUGUCACUCUUGCGGGCGCCCAAGGCACCCGAUGCCCACGCCGACAUGGGCCGUCACCAUAUCAAAUGGGCUAUCAUGCCUCACCAAGGAUCCAUGAGCAGCGACACUGUCCGAGCAGCCUACAACCUCAACCAUCCGAUGACGCUGGUGUCGUUGGUGGAUGACAAACCGCCUAAGGAACUGUUCAACGCCGUGAGCGUCACCGGUGCGCCGUCCUUGAUCCUGGACUGCGUCAAGCGUGGAGAAGACGAUGAAGACGUCUCCCGCGGAGAACUUACCCAGCGAAAGGGACAGAGCGUGAUUCUGAGAAUCUACGAGAGCAUGGGAGGCAAGAGUCGCGGCGUGAUUGAGACGACCCUGCCGGUAAAGAAGGUGUACGAGACCAACGUGCUGGAGGACGACGGCAAGCAACUGGAUAUGUCCGGGAAGAACAAGAUCAGUAUUCCGAUCGAACUGCGGGCGUUUGAGGUCAAGACAUUCAGGUUGCAAUUGUAG